CUUCUCGUGCUUGUUUUGUUCAACGGAAUCCUGCAAUGACUUGUUUGCUGAAAGUCUUACUGUAAAUGGCGCCAAAAUAGCGUUAUUUUCUGAGGAAAUCGCCUUGAACACACGGAGAACAGUAGUUAUUUACUUAGCUUUUUUAUUUUAUAUUGUCAUGGAUGUGAAGAUGGGGUUUAUUAAAGAGGAGCCUGAGGACAUGAGUGAUCCAGAGCCAUUCAGAGUGAAAGAUGAAGAAACCGAGGAACUUAUAGGCCUGGCGGAAGUGAAAGAGGAGAGUCAAGUCCUGGAUAAAUUUGAAGACAACCGCUAUUUUCAGACACCUGCAAACCUCUCACAAAAAGGGCACUUUAAAAAUAAUUCCAGAAAGAAGCUUUUUACAUGCACUUAUUGUGAAAAGAGCUUCAGUCAUAAAGGACAAUUUAAUGUUCACAUAAGGAGUCACACUGGAGAGAAGCCCUUCUCGUGUCCUCAGUGUGGAAAGAGGUUUAUACAUAGAGGACAUCUUAACGAUCACUUACGGAUUCACACCGGAGAGAAGCCUUACACAUGCACUCACUGUGGAAAGUGUUUCGCACAUAAAACAAGUCUGACAUGUCACGUGAAAAUUCACACUAAAAAUAAUCUGUUUGCAUGCCCUCACUGUGGAAAGACCUUCAGUCAUAAAGGACAAUUUAAUGUUCACAUAAGGAGUCACACUGGAGAGAAGCCCUUCUCGUGUCCUCAGUGUGGAAAGAGGUUUAUACAUAGAGGACAUCUUAACGAUCACUUACGGAUUCACACCGGAGAGAAGCCUUACACAUGCACUCACUGUGGAAAGUGUUUCGCACAUAAAACAAGUCUGACAUGUCACAUGAAAAUCCACACCAAAAAUAAUCAGUUUACAUGCCCUCACUGUGAAAAGAGCUUCAGUCAAAAAGGACAAUUUAAUAUUCACAUGAUGAGCCACACCGGAGAGAAGCCCUUCUCGUGUCCUCAGUGUGGAAAGAGGUUUAUUCAUAAAGGACACCUUAAUAUUCACAUAAGGAGUCACACUGGAGAGAAACCAUUCACAUGUUAUCUGUGUGGGAAGAGUUACAGCCUUAAAGGAUACUUUAAAAUUCACCUGAAAAUCCACUCUGGAGAGAAGCCUUAUGUGUGCGAUCGGUGUGGAAAGAGUUUCAUUCACAAAGGACACCUUAAUGAACACUUAAGAGUUCACACUGGAGAGAAGCCUUUCGAGUGCACUCCGUGUGGACAGAGUUUCACACACAAAGGAAGCCUAAGGUUGCAUAUUAAAAAGUAUCACAUUGAGGAUGAUAGAUGCCUUGAGCGUCAUGCGAGCAGCCUAAAAAAUGCCCUCAAUGUGGUAGAAAGGGCUAUAAACAUAAAGGACACCUUAUGACUCAUAUAAAAACUCACACCGAAAAGAAUCCUUGAGCCUAAAAAACACUUAAAAUGACUCUAAAUGAUGCAUAAAUAAAUCCUUUGAACUGCACAUGGAUGCAUAACUUGUCUGAUAAAGCUGCA